AUGCCUAAUACAACUUUUACCUAUCCUUAUGAAGGUUAUUGUAUGGAUAUCAUAUCAGAAUUGGCUAUGGCUAUGAACUUUACUAUAAAUAUGACAGGGGGUUCUCCUGAUAAUGAAUGGGGAGUAGAUAAUGGUAAUGGUACCUGGUCUGGACUUAUCGGUAUGCUUCAGAGAGAGGAGGUAGAUUUGGUAGCAGGACCUUUAACAACUAUUAUAGCAAGAGAAAAAGUUAUGGAUUUUACUUUUCCAUUCUAUCAUGAUUUUUUAUCUGUGUUGAUUAAAAAACCGGACCCUAGCCUCACAAAAUGGCGGACAAUGAUUGACCCGUUUCGAUGGGAAGUUUUGCUUUGUAUCGGCAUCUCAUUAGUGGGUGCCUCGGUGAUUCUUUUUCUUCUGGAAAAGUGGAACCCAUUUUACCAACGAGAGCCUUAUUUAAAUCGAUAUGCAGGAACCCAUAUAUUUCAAGAUGCCUUUUGGUAUAUGUUUGGCGCCAUGUUAACGCAAGGAGGAGAGCAUUUACCAGAUUCUCAAGCAGGUCGAACAAUGAUAAGUACCUGGUGGUUAUUUUCUAUUAUAAUGGCUGCUACGUACAGUGGAAACCUCAUUGCCUUCCUGACUGUAACUAAAGAUACUGCACCGUUUGAGACGCUGGAUCAACUGAUUGAUAAUGGAGAUUAUACAUGGGGUUUAUUGGGAGGAUCUAACAAUCAGAUGGAGUUUGAGAAUUCGAAAAUUCCUGUUUUCCAAAAAGCUUGGAAAGGGAUACUCGAAACUGCCGAUCCAGACGCAUUAAGUCUCGACCAUGAGGUACAUUUAGCAAAAGUAAACGUUGGUGAUUAUGGGUACAUAUCUGAUAGAGGUGGUCUCCAGAAGCGAGUACUAACAGACUGUGAUUUGUAUUUAUUACCAGAGAAAAUUUCCCCCAUUAACUAUGCUCUGGCACUUCAAAAUGGAUCAGCCUACACUGAAAUCUUUUCUAAAGAAAUGAUGGCUAUUUAUGAGAGUGGUUUGCUUCAAAUCUGGCAGCGACAAUGGUGGAAGCAAAAGAAAUUUUGUAGAGGACCGUUACAAACUGAAGCCAAACCUAUCGACCUUGUUGACGUUCAGAGUAGUUUUUAUUUAAUAGGUGUCGGACUAUUCUUGGCCGCCAUAGCUCUUGUUAUCGAACGAUGUAUGCUUCGUUUCUGUAAAUGUCGGACGUCUAGUUCCAGACGAGAGAACGUUGUUCAAAAGCCAAAGGAACUUCAAAACGGUCAUGCGCAUAAGCCUGUUGAAAAUGGAAUUCACAAUGGAAUUCAAAAUGGGCAUGUGCGAAGUGAAAUAUACAGUUCUGUCAGAAAACAAAACGGUCAUACACCUUUUGAAGAAAUAGAAAUCGUUUCGAAUGGCCACAUGGUACCUGACGUAAACGGGAAUGGCGUCAUUGACAGUGUAUUUGACUAUGAUACGGAGUAUGUGCGAACUAGUCUGUGA